AUAGAACAACGUCUCGCGCUUCAUCCGCAAAAUGACAUAAAUUUUAGGAAGUGGUUUUAGCAAAGGAAGAGUGCUGUGACAGAAAAUUAUCUGGAAAUCACAGCCGAACCAGGGAACAGUGUUAAAGACGGAGACAUUUGUAUCGAUCACAGCAUGCAUCUGAAGAUAUGGCGCCCACUUUCUCUGAUGUGCUGUGUAUUUGUCCAGACAAACAUGCACACAGAGCACACCUUUCCUGUGUUUCCCUGAAUACUGGGCUGUUGGGGAAGACGACUCUCAGGAGGCAAAGUAAAGCCGAUGAGGAGGAAACUUGAUCGCUUUGUUUCUCCGUCCUCACCUCUAAUUCUUGUGCGAUGGACCGGCCUCUGCUGGGACGAGGUUCAGCCCGGCGCUGCUGCUCCUAUAGCACCCUGAAGGCCUGGCUGCCCAUCCUCUCCUGGUUACCCAGUUACAAGCUGAAGUGGCUUCAGAUGGACCUGCUCGCAGGCCUCACCGUUGGGCUGACAACUGUACCGCAGGCACUGGCUUAUGCUGAAGUAGCUGGCCUUCCUGUGCAGUACGGACUCUACUCUGCCUUCAUGGGGGGGUUCAUGUACACCCUCCUCGGGACCUCUAAGGAUGUGACACUUGGUCCCACGGCCAUCAUGUCCCUCCUGUGCUUCUCCGUGGUGGGGGGGCAGCCCCACCGAGCCGUGCUGCUCAGCCUCCUCUGUGGACUCAUCCAGGCUGUAAUGGCAUUACUGAGAUUAGGUUUCCUGCUGGACUUCAUCUCUUUUCCUGUAAUAAAAGGCUUCACUUGUGCUGCUGCGGUAACCAUUGGCUUUGGCCAGGUCAAGAACAUUCUGGGACUCCAGGGCGUUCCGCACGAGUUCUACCUGGAGGUUUACUACACCUUCUACAAGAUCCCAGAGGCCAGGAUUGGUGAUGUGGUACUAGGUCUGCUCUGUCUUGCUCUGCUGGUCAUGUUGUUGUUUAUGAAGACGAGUCUGGGCUCUGACGACGCUCCCACCUACUCCAGAGUCGCCUGGAAAGUAGUGUGGACUGUUGCUACCAUGCGUAACGCUCUGGUGGUCAUGGCUGCAUCCUUAGUAGCAUUUUCCUGGGAAGCUUACGGUUAUCACGUGUUCACAGUCACUGGGAAAACUUCCCAGGGGCUACCGCCGUUCAGUCCCCCACCCACCUCAGACGCCACAGCCAACGGCACCGUCGUCUCCUUUGGGGAGAUUGUUGAGGGCUUUGGAGGAGGACUGGCUGUGAUUCCUUUAAUGGGUCUGUUGGAGAGCCUUGCUAUUGCUAAAGCUUUUGCCAGUCAGAACGACUACAGAAUUGAUGCCAACCAGGAGCUGCUGGCUAUUGGUGUGACCAACAUCAUGGGCUCCUUUGUGUCAGCCUACCCUGUUACUGGCAGCUUUGGGAGGACAGCGGUGAACUCCCAGACUGGUGUUUGCACUCCAGCUGGAGGGAUCAUUACCAGUGUGAUCGUAUUGCUUUCCCUGGCGUUCCUCAUGCCGGCCUUCUACUACAUCCCCAAGGCCUCACUAGCUGCUGUUAUCAUCUGUGCGGUAACUCCCAUGGUGGAUUACCGUGUCGUGGCUAAGAUGUGGAGGAUACGCAAGCUGGACCUGCUGCCUUUUGUUGUGACGUUCCUGAUGAGUUUCUGGCAGGUGCAGUACGGUAUCAUGGGAGGUGUAGCUGUAUCUGGAGCCCUGCUGCUGUACAACACUGCAAGACCCCAGAUAAAGGUUUCUGAUCAAGGUGUGCUGGUGAUGGAGUUGGACAGUGGUCUCAGCUUUCCUGCCACAGAGUAUCUCAGCCACAUCAUACACACUUGGGCUCUGCAGGCGUCUCCACCGCGGUCGGUGGUCCUGGAUUGCCAUCAUGUCAGCAUCAUAGAUUACUCAGUGAUCAGUGAGCUGAGGGACCUGCUGAGGCAGUUCAAAAAACGAGAAGUGCGACUGUUUUUUUCCAGAUUGCAGCCCUUUGUUCUUGAGGUCCUCCUAGCAGCUGAUCUGCAGGGCCUCAUGUAUACAGACAGUGUGGAGGCAGCACUGCAGAUGGAGUCGGGAGCCUCCUCAAUGACCAACACUGGAGAUCUUUGAUGGUGGAGAAAAGCGAUGUAACGACAAUGAUCAGUGACAUUUCUGGUCUGGGAUUAUUAGGCCCUCUAACAAUUUAUUCACUGGCUAGUAGGUGUAUGUGGACUGCCAGUGGCCAAGUGAUGUCCCUCUGUGUUUCACUGAACUUUAUAUCUGCUAAACUUGACUUUGUAAAUCAUUGUGGAAUCACUACAUUACCAUUGCACAAUUAACAGAGAACCCUUCUGUUAGGUUUUAUGGUUGAAGGUGAUGGGUGAGCUUCCAGGGACCAAAUCUGAAUUUACAGAAGAGGGGUGACUGGUGUGUGAAUAACAGAACAGAGCAAAGCUAACUAUUAUUGUGACUUGUUUUAUUUAUCUAUGUAAAAGGAAAUAUAAGGUGAUUGAUUUCUCUUAUUGUUUUGUUUGUAAAGAAAUGUCAUCAAGGCUGUGGCAAAAGUGUUUUGACUUUGAAAAUUACUUUAAUUGAAUUACAUUAUGAACCUAAAAUGAAGGGUUUUUACUGAAUAAAAUAAAUAUUUUAAACAUUAGGUUGUAUUUGAAUUACAUUUCUAAUUAAAUUACAUUACUUUGAGAUCCUGUUGAUCUGCAUCGAAACACUGACGUAAAGUCUUUGACUCAUUGCAGUAAAACAAUAAAACAUGAUCACUUCCAAGGGGGGUAAACAAUUUUCAUAGGCACAGUAAACUUUUUUUUUUCAAACCAUUAAGGAUUGUAAUGGGAAUUUCAUAAGAACCAUCUUUAAAACACUGCCAUGUAACUAAUCUCACUAGGGGCCUCCAGGGGUCAAUGGAAGGUAAAUGUGUGUGAUGCUUUAACAUAUGUCCAGAGGGGUCAGGACUUUAAGUGGUUCACCACAUGUACCUUGGACAUGGGUGUCUUUCUAUAGAUCCAGAUUGAGUGUCCCCCUCGGGAACGCUCAAAGACACCUUGAUGAGAUAGUACUCCGACCCUGAGACUAAGAUAAAAGCUGCAUGAGCUGUUACACUGCAGCUCACUUGGAUGAUACUCUCUGAUGCGUAUGUGUCCCUGUGAGUUCCUUCUGCAGAAGACUUGAAUAAAAUUCACAGAAAGACAA